GAGACGAUAAAAAGUCGGAAACGAUUUUGGUUUUAGACGUAAACUAAUAUAAUCAGCGACGUGUCUAUUUUCUUCGGGUCGCGUGUCUAUUUGUAGAUUACACAUUAAUGCAAAAAUCUAAAGUAAAUACAUUCGACCCAAGUUCCCAUAUUUUCUAAACAGAAAGCAAGAUGAAGAGUAUUGAAGCUCCAUUACUGGUCAAGAACAGGCAAUCAGAACAAGAAGAGAAAGAAAAAAUAAGAUGGGAGAAGAUGAAGAAGGUUGCUUCAAUGGCUGCUCCAAUGGUCGCCGUAAACAUGUCUCAGUACCUUCUUCAAGCAACUUCUACAAUGAUCGUUGGUCACCAUAGCGAACUCUCUCUCGCCGGAAUAGCCCUUGGAAGCUCUUUCGCUAAUGUCACCGGUUUCGGUAUUCUUUUUGGACUUUCAGGUGCAUUGGAAACACUAUGUGGUCAAGCAUAUGGAGCAGAACAAUAUCACAAGCUUGGAUCCUACACUUUCACUUCAAUGGUCUAUCUCUUGAUUAUCGCUUUUCCAGUUUCGAUUCUUUGGAUGUUCAUGAACCAGAUCUUGAUCUUGCUUCACCAAGACCCUCAAGUCGCUGAGCUAGCAGCGGUUUACUGCAUCUGGCUCAUACCGGCAUUAUUCGGUUACUCGGUUCUUGAAUCGCUGGUUCGAUAUUUUCAGUCACAAAGCUUGAUUUUUCCAAUGGUAUUGAGCUCUCUAGCUGCUCUAGCUUUCCAUGUUCCUCUGUGUUGGCUAAUGGUUCACAGAUUCGAGUUUGGAGUCAAAGGAGCGGCUGUUUCUAUCGGUAUCUCUUACUGGCUCAACGCGGUUUUUCUUUGGGUUUACAUGAAGCGGUCUCAAGCGUGCCUCAAAACGCGGAUUUAUAUGUCCAAGGAUGUGUUUACUCACACAAAAAUCUUUUUUCACUUUGCAGUUCCUUCUGCAAUGAUGUGUUGCCUUGAGUGGUUAGCUUUCGAGGUGAUUACUUUGCUGUCUGGUCUUCUACCCAACUCAAAGCUCGAAACGUCGGUUAUUUCAAUUUGCCUAACGACCUCUUCUUUGCACUACAAUUUGGUAAAUGGAAUUGGUGAUGCAGCGAGUACCAAUGUGGCGAAUGAGCUAGGAGCUGGGAAUCCACGAGGUGCUCGUGAUUCUGCUUCAGCUGCGGUAAUUAUUGCCGCCGUUGAGUCAGUGGUUGUGAGCUCUACUCUCUUCUUGUCUCGCAAUGUAUGGCCUUAUGCUUAUAGCAAUGUGGAGGAAGUAACUCGUUAUGUGACUGAGCUCACUCCCAUUCUUUGCAUUUCCAUCCUCAUGGACAGCUUCUUGUGUGUCCUCUCCGGGAUUGUGAGAGGAACAGGGUGGCAGAAAAUUGGAGCUUAUGUGAACAUAGCUUCUUAUUAUGUCAUUGGUAUUCCCAUUGGACUUCUAUUGUGUUUUCAUCUUCACUUCCAUGGGAAAGGACUCUGGGCUGGUUUAGUCACAGGAUCUACACUGCAAACCGUAAUCCUCUUUCUUGUUAUUGGAUUCACAAAUUGGACCAACGAGGCAAACAAAGCUAGGGAGAGAAUGCUGGAUGAGAAAGUUGUGAUGCAUGACUGUUUGGAUAAUUGAACAAGGAAUACGAAUUAUGGUUGAUCACUGAUUGCGUUUCUAUUGAGUUUGUUCAAUGAAUUUCAACGGCUUUAGAUUUUAAAAUUUUCCACUUCACUCAUUCCUUAAAAGGAUAUAUAUAAUAGGGGAUCCCAUGUGGAAAAUGUAUGGGAUCGAAAACAAAUGAGUUAUGAGGUUGAUUGUAAUUGAUUUGUUUUUUAAAUAGUUGUAAUUGAUUUUGAGAGAAAAUUAUAGACUUUUAUAUGAUUUCAAAGUCUAACAAAGUUGAAAUGUAUAUCAUUAAAAAUUAUAAUUUUAUCUUAUAAUAA